UUCGUGAGAGGGGAAAUGGCUCAGAUCUCAUGUUCAGGAAAUUAUCGCGGCAGCAAAUUCUCUUUAUACCGAGACGGCGAGUCUAUCACAUCACAACGAUCUCCGGGCUAUAGCAACGCGGCCACGUUCCCACCAUCGGAGGUCAGGGCAGGAAAUCACUGGUGUCAAUAUACUAAACUCGUAGGAGGCCGAGAGCUCACAUCACCAGCGAGCGAGCGAGUGGCAAUCACUGUACAGGAUGCGCUCCAGAAACCCACCAUUUCCCUGGAGCCAAAUUCCCAGGUGUUCGUGAGAGGGGAAAUGGCUCAGAUCUCGUGUUCAGGAAAUUAUCGCGGCAGCAAAUUCUCUUUAUACCAAGACGGCGAGUCUAUCACAUCACAACGAGCUCCGGGGUAUAGCAACGCGGCCACGUUCCCCCCAUCGGAGAUCAGGGCAGGAAAUUACUGGUGUCAAUAUACUAAACUCAUGGGAGGCCGAGAGCUCACAUCACCAGAGAGCGAGCGAGUGGCAAUCAUUGUACAGGAUCCGCUCCAGAAACCCAACAUUUCUCUGAAGCCAAAUUCCCGGCAGUUUGUGAGAGGGAAAAGCGCUGAGAUCUCAUGUUCUGGCAAUUAUGUUAGCAGCAAUUUCUCUUUAUACAGAGACGGCGAGUUUAUCAUAUCACAAACAACUCCAGAGAAUAACAAGACAGCAAUGUUCACCAUAUCCGAGAUCAGUGCAGGAAACUACACCUGUAACUAUACUACUGUUAUAGACGGCCGAGAUUUCACAUCACCGGAGAGCGAGCGAUUGGGAAUCUCUGUGUCGGGAACCUGGACCGGGAUGCACACUGCAGUACUGGCUGCGGGAAUUGUCACUGCGUUAGCGAUCAUUGUGUUUAUACUGGGAUUCUGUCUGUACAAGAGACGUAAACAGAAGAGUCCAAUGGCCGUACCCGCAGGAGGCGACCCCCAAAGCAGCACCGACACAUAUGCGACGGUGAGAAUUCCUCCACGAUCGGUGCAUCCAGAGGACGCUGACAUCCACUACGCCUGUCUGGCAUUAGGGAACCGGAGUGAGAAUCGCUGCCAAGCCGGUGAGGACAAGGAUCCAGUCUAUGCCACAGUCAGAAUGUAGCGCGGAGGCCGGUGGCCAUGAACUGCUCUCUCUCUUCUCUACGUCUCCCCAUCGUCACCUGUGGUCAAUACCAGCUUCAGUGUGAUCUCAAUACCCCUCUCGCAUCACCUGUCACUCUAAUACAGAGAGAGAGUGUGACAGAAAGUAAAAAAGAAUGGGUCA